CCGGCGACGGCUGUAGAGACGACGGUGGCCUAGAGAAGCAGGGAUCGCUGAGCCCGAUUUGACAGGCUGCACAAUGAAUCAGGGCAAGGACAAUGCACGACUCAAGAGCUACAAGAACAAGUCUCUCAACACAGAUGAGAUGAGGAGAAGGAGGGAAGAGGAAGGCCUGCAGCUCCGCAAACAGAAGAAGGAUGAGCAGCUGUUUAAGAGGAGGAAUGUUGCCACAGUGGAGGAUGAUGGCAACCUGGAGGACGAUGGAAUGGCCGAUAGCGGCUACCUGGAGUCCCAGGCUAACAACAUGGACCCACUCGUGGGUGCGGCCAUCUCUGAGGAUAUGACUCAAAUGAUCUUCUCCAGUUCGCCAGAGCAGCAGCUAAUAGGCACUCAGCGCUUUAGGAAACUCCUUUCUAAAGAACCUAAUCCACCCAUUGAUGAAGUCAUUGCCACUCCAGGGGUGGUGGAGUGCUUUAUUGAGUUCCUGAAGAGGAAAGAAAACUGCACGCUGCAGUUUGAAGCUGCGUGGGUGUUGACCAACAUUGCAUCAGGUACUUCGCACCAGACGCGGGUGGUAAUCCAGGCUGGAGCUGUGCCCAUAUUCAUAGAGAUGCUCAGCUCUGACUUUGAGGACGUACAGGAACAAGCGGUGUGGGCCUUGGGAAACAUAGCAGGAGACAGCACAGAAUGCAGAGACUUUGUCAUAGACUGCAACAUUCUACCAUCCCUGGUGCAGUUAUUGGCCAAACAGAAUCGUCUAACGAUGAUGAGGAACGCAGUGUGGGCGCUCUCAAACCUGUGCCGAGGAAAAAAUCCACCUCCAGACUUUACUAAGGUGUCCCCAUGUCUCAGUGUGCUGUCUUGGCUGUUGUUCGUCAAUGACACAGACAUCCUGGCUGACGCUUGCUGGGCGCUCUCCUACUUAUCUGAUGGCCCCAAUGACAAAAUCCAGGCUGUCAUUGACUCGGGAGUCUGUCGCAGGCUGGUGGAAUUACUGAUGCACUCUGACUAUAAGGUGGUGUCCCCUGCACUUCGAGCUGUUGGGAACAUAGUCACUGGAGAUGAUCUACAGACACAGGUGAUCCUGAACUGCUCAGUGCUGCAGUCCCUACUUCACCUCCUGACUAGCCCCAAGGAGUCUAUCAAGAAGGAAGCCUGCUGGACGAUCUCCAACAUCACUGCAGGGAACCGAGCACAAAUACAGCUGGUAAUGGAUUCAGGUCUGCUGGCUCCUCUCAUCACUAUCCUGCAAGUAGCAGAGUUUCGCACAAGGAAGGAGGCAGCGUGGGCUAUUACCAACGCCACCUCGGGGGGGUCCGCAGAGCAAAUCAGGCACUUAGUAGAGCUGGGCUGCAUUAAACCUUUGUGUGACCUGCUCACACUCAUGGACUCCAAAAUAGUUCAGGUGGCUCUGAACGGUCUGGAGAACAUCUUGCGACUGGGUGACCUGGAGGCCAAGAGAAGUGGAGGCAUCAAUCCCUACUGCGCACACAUCGAAGAGGCCUACGGUCUGGACAAGCUGGAGUUCCUGCAGGGCCACGAGAACCAGGAAAUCUACCAGAAAGCCUUCGACCUGAUCGAGCGCUACUUCAACACCGACGACGAGGACCCGUCUCUGGCUCCGGCCGUCGACCUGCAGCAGCAGCAGUUCCUCUUCCAGCAGUGCGAGGCCCCGAUGGAGGGUUUCCAGCUAUAAUGCUAGAUCCUCCCUCUCCCCCUGUGCUCCACCUUCAUCCUCACCUCUGCUCAUUUCUCUCGCUCUCUGCCCACUGCCACGAUCAAGGGCGACGACGACCCUCUGCGAUCAAUUUUCAAUCAUUGUCAUGAUUCUGAAAAAAUGCUAACGUCACCGGAGCACGUGUAUGUGUGCGCACACACGUCCAGUGUGGGUUUUCGAGUUCUACAGUCGUGUCAGCCAGUUUGUGAAGGUUUCAUUCAAAAUCCAGUCUCGCGCAUUUGAGCUCAUCUCUGCGCCCGGGUCUCUCCUACCUGCUCAGGCCCCAGCAUCCUGUACUAGCAGAUUUUCCCUGUUAUACGUCCCUCUUCUUUCUUUUUGGAUUUCCUCCUCAGCUCAUCCCAAAUGAAAGGCACCUCUCUCCGCCCUCCCGCGGGAUUGGCGACUCCCAUCUGUGAGUCAGCGGGAGGUUUCCACUGCUCUGCUUGUCUGAUAGAAGCAUAAAUGACUCACAAGACAGACGAACAUGGACGUGAUUUGUGACUCCACUCCCACACACCCACACAGAAGAAUGAUCGAACCUAAACACUGGACUGACCGUGAGACGUUGACUGCAUGUUAAGCAGGGCCACGUGGCCAGUCCCAACCCCCAAGACUCAACUGACGAAAGGCACUUACACGACAUUUAAAAAAAAUGGAGGGGAAUUCCGUUGUCUCCUUUUUCCAGCCAUUGGAUAGGUGACCACAGAUGGACAAAUCAGGAACUUGACCGUGUUGCUGAGGGGUGGAGCUUGUCGGUGACACACCAGGCUGCUUGCGUUCCAUCCUGGAUCUCAUAUCAUACAUUCCUCUAUCCAGUAAUGGGACUUUUCCACCUGCACAGGCUCCAUCCCGGAAGAGUCAAGACUGCCUCCUGCCUCUGGUGUGAAAUGAAUAACCCCAUGGAACCAUGGGUAUUGGAGUCUUCCCUCGCACUGAGACAAUUGGACAGACUUGGACAAGACAAAACAGACUGUUUGACCCUGGAUUCUGUUCAGCAGCAAACCAGCGGGAAUUUGUAUUAUCUUACAAUAAUUUCAUUUAAUUUGCAGCACUUUAGUUCAGGACUGAUGCCUCAUUGAGAAAAAAACAUAGUUUUUACAUUAACUAUUUAGGUGGUUGAUGACGCCGCUCUUCCCUCCUUAGGAAGUUGGGUGAAGAGCAGUGUGAUCUGUAUCCUUGGUCCCCGACUGGUAAUGACAUGGAUUACAAUGUUCUUCACUAUUUACUCUUCACACAAAGGGACUCAAGCAGAUUGUGGACUGAAACUGUUAGCACACUAAUUACAAUCAGUAGAUCAUACUGCCUCAGCAAAGCUACAAGAACUUUAUUAGGACAAAGUAAAUCAACCUCUCUUUUUUUUUCUUUAGAAAAUUGGAUGUGUAGGUUUUAGGUUAGCGUCUGUCAUGUUGCUGAUGGUGCCAUAAUCUUUACAGAAAUCCUUCCAGAUACUUUCAACAAAAAUCCAGAUUAAAACUUGAAAAGACUGGUGAUCUUAGUUAGCUAAACUGAAUGUUUGUUUACCAAGUCCUCUUUACAUUGCUUAAUUUGUCAUUAAUGUCUGUAAGAGAUGACCAGCUCUACAUGUUCAUUACUGUUUGUUGUACUGAGUUUGUGCACCUGUCCCGUUAUGCCAUUUGCAUAAAAGCCGUUUCAUGAA